AUGGAGGACUCUUCACCAGAACAUAUCUUUAGCUCUGCUGAUCGAAUCCGACAACUCAAUGAUGUUGACGAGGACGUCGCAAAAUUGAUCCAGUCUGCUGGUCUUGCAAUCCAGGCUUUGACGAAUGCGAAGCCAAACUCAUCUUCUCCCGCAUACGGUUCCCUCGAAUCUCACAAGACCCAGUUUAAAGAAGCCACCGCACAAUACUUCGCCCUCCUGUCUUCCAUUGACGUGCGACUCCGACGCCAAGUCUACGCUCUAGAGGAAGCUUCGGUGUUGGGACCUGAGACUAGUUCACGCGCAGGCGAUGCGACUGGCUCGGGCGCAAAUGCUGCGGCUGGUACUGGCGCAGGAUCUGGCGCUGCCAACCCGCUAGAUAUCAGUUGGUUGAACAGUCGGAAGGAUACGGUCGGGAAGGACAAGGAGGCAGAGCUAUGGGCAUCAGCAAGACAAUUUGUCGAGCAAUUGGGCCACUCGGCCUCGCAGAGCUCACCGAAGCCAAACGGGGAUGCCGAGCAGAUGCAGGUCGAUUGA